AUGGCUCCUAGACCCCCCCUUUCAGAGAACCGCUCCAUGAGCAUUCUCAACAAGGCCCUCGCUGGGGGGUACGCCGUCCCAGCCAUGUGCUGCUACAACAUCGAAUCCAUCAUCGCCACCGUCAGAGCUGCCGAAGCCGCCCGCUCCCCAGCUAUGGUCUUGCUCUUCCCGUGGGCGAUUCAAUAUGCCGGUGACGCUCUCGUCAAAGCCGCCGCUGAGGCAGCUCACUCGGCCUCGGUCCCAGUCUCCCUCCACCUGGACCACUGCCAGACACCCGAGCUGGUCCGCAGGGCAGCCGACAUCCCGGACGCCUUUGACAGCAUCAUGUGCGACAUGUCGCACUACGAAAAGGAGGAGAAUCUCAAGCUCACCGCCGAACUGGUUCAAUACUGCCACGAGCGCGGUAUCGCCGCAGAGGCAGAGCCAGGGCGUAUCGAAGGUGGCGAGGACGGCGUAGCUGAGACUGCUGACCUCGAGGGACUGCUUACUACCCCCGAGGAAGCGGAGGAGUUUGUUGCCACCGGGAUUGACAUGUUGGCGCCGGCGUUUGGGAAUGUGCAUGGGGAGUAUGGACCGAGGGGGAUCCAGCUGGAGUAUGACCGGCUUGAUGCUAUCAACAAGAAGGUCGGGGAUAGGGUCAGGUUGGUGCUGCAUGGGGCUGAUCCGUUCGAUGAGGAGAUUUUUAGAAAGUGCAUGGCGGGGGGGGUGACGAAGGUGAAUAUCAACAAGGGGAUGAAUAAUCACUAUGCGUGGACGCAGGAGAAGAUGAGGGGGAAGCCGUUGACGAGUGUGAUUGAGAAGGGGACGGAGGCGAUGCAGGUGGCGAUUGAGAGGUAUAUGCAUUGGUUGGGGAGUGCUGGGAAGGCUUGA